CUGCUUCAAAGUUUAUUUGCAACAAAAGGGAGCGAGGAGCUAGCAGCUCCGGGGGAGGGAGCGGGAGCGGGAGUGGGAGCGCUCGGGGAGGCUGGCCAGCCGCUGGGGGACGGGUGCCGAGCGGUGGAACCGAGCUCCGGGAUCCCCCGCCCCCCCCCACGCCGGGCCGCGAUGCCCCAGGCCCCUCGAGUGGAGUCGAGGGCUGGCCCUGGGGGUCGCCACUGAGGCGGGAGAGGCCGCCGGGAUGGAGCCGCUGCCCCUGAUGGCUGCAGAAACUUGAUCCGCGACUGCUGAACCUCCGCUCGAGUCCCGGCGUCCUCCUCCCCACCCCGCGCGCGCGCGCGCGCUGCGGGCGCCAGACCCAGGCCUUCGGACCGCGGCCACUGCGCGCCUUCGGAGCGGGGGUGGAGGGGGGGUUGGCCGCGGCCUCCCGAGGCCGGCCCCCCCGGAGUGAGGGCCACCGCCAUGGCGGACGGGUCGCCCCGGCCUCCCCUUUAUCGCAGCGUCUCGUUCAAACUGCUGGAGCGCUGGAGCGGCGGCCCCGGGCCGAGAGAGGAGGACGCGGACACCCCCGGCUUGCAGCGCCGGGCCUCGUGUCGGCCGGCCACGGCAGUCCCGGGCCAGCCCUCCCGGCGCGUGUCCAAGCUGGCGUCGGGGCCCCGGGCCGCCCCCGCGCAGCCGCGCCCGCUCCGCAGCCUCUCGCCCUCGGUGCGCCAGCUCUCCCGGCGCUUCGACGCGCCGCGUCCGGACGACGACCCCGCCGGAGCCCGGGACGGGGGCGCCUCCCCCGGGGCCGCGGAAGAAGCGGCCGAAGGCGCCGCUCGUGGGGCCUGGCCGAGCGUCACCGAGAUGCGCAAGCUCUUUGGCGGCCCUGGCUCCAGGCGGCCCAGUGUGGACUCGGAGGCCCCGGGGGCACCCAGCCCUGACGGGGCCGCGUGGGAGCCUCUGGCUCGGGAGCCCCCGCGGCAGCCACCGACGCCCCCUCCUCGGACGUGCUUCCCCUUGGCGGGCCUGCGGUCGGCGCGGCCGCUGUCCGGACCGGGGAUCGAGGGGAGGCGGCGGCAGCAGCCCGAGCGGGCGCAGCGUCCGGCGGAUGGUUUACAUUCUUGGCAUAGCUUCUCCCAACCGCAGGCCGGGGCCCGGGCCUCCUGCUCCUCCUCCUCCUCCAUUGCCUCCUCCUAUCCUGUCAGCCGCAGCCGGGCUGCCAGCUCCAGCGAGGAGGAAGAGGAGGGCCCGCCGCCUCAGCCUAGGGCGCCGAGUCCGGCCUACCGCCGCGGCCACUCCUCGGGCAGUGACGAGGACCGAGACGGUGAGGGCGGCCACCGCCGGAGGGGGAGGCCGGGGCUCCGGCCUGGGAGCUCCCGAUUGGAUCAGGACGGCAGGCCUGACAGUGAUGGGUUAAAUCUGGACAGCAUGGACUCGGCUAGGGAAGCCAGGAGCCCUGAACCUCCAACAUCACCGAGAGCUCCUAUGGAGGAGGGACCCCGAGAGUGGGACACUGGCCCGCAACCCAGUGUCCCAGGUCCCCCGGAGGGCUCGCGGCCCAUGUCCGAAACGGUGGGAGGAGCUUUCCGUGUGGCCAAGGUGAGCUUUCCCGCUUACCUGGCGAGCCCCGCCGGUUCCCGGGGUAGUAGUCGCUAUUCUAGCACCGAGACUCUCAAAGACGACGACCUGUGGUCUAGCCGGGGCUCUGGGGGCUGGGGCAUUUACCGUUCCCCGAGUUUUGGGGCCGGGGAAGGGCUCCUUCUACGGCCCCAGUCUCGGACUCGCACCAAGGGACAGGUGGUUGCCACCAGGGCACUGAGAGAUGGAGGCCUGGAGCUGGACAAGAGCAGGCAGCGAAAGUCACUGUCGAAUCCAGAUAUCGCCUCGGAGACCCUGACACUGCUUAGUUUCCUUCGCUCAGACCUUUCAGAACUGAGGGUCCGCAAGCCCAGUGGUGGCCCUGGGAGCAGUCUCCCGGAAGGCAAAGACCCGUCCUCAGCAGGUAGCCCAAUGGAACAACUUGACCCCAUGCCCCCCCAAGCCCCAGCAUCUGCGGGCAUCCGCCCCACACUCAAGGAAUUAACUGCUACCCUUCGGAGAGCAAAGUCUUUUACCUGCUCCGAGAAGCCCCUGGUCCGACGACUAAGCCGCACCAAUGCUCUGAAGCCCAGCUCCUCUGAGCUGCUCCUGACAGGUCCUGAGGCAGAGGAUGAACCCCUGCUGCCCCUGGUGGUCCAGGAUCAAUAUGUGCAGGAGGCUCGUCAGGUUUUUGAGAAGAUCCAGCGCAUGGGUGCUCAGCAGGAGGAUGGAAGUGAUGCCCCCCCUAGAAGCCCUGACUGGGCAGGAGACAGAACCCGAGGGCAGCUGUCCCAGGAGGAGCUCUCAGGCCCUGAGUCCAACCUGACCGAUGAGGGCAUUGGGGCUGACCCAGAGCCUCUUGGUGCAGCCUUUUGUGGCCUGGCUCCCUCAGGGGUAGGGGUAUGGCGACCUCCCUCCUCCUCCUCAGCCCAGACGAACCAUCAUGGCCCUGGGACAGAGGACAGCCUUAGUGGAUGGUCCCUGGUGUCCCCUGAGACUCCUCCCACACCAGGUACCCUCCGAAGUAGGAGACGCAAAGUGCCACCUUCAGGCCCUGGUGGGACUGAACUGAGCAAUGGGGAGACAAGUGAGGCCUACCGGUCUCUGAGUGACCCGAUUCCACAGCGCCACCGGCCUGCGACCUCUGAGGAGCCCUCCGGAUUCUCCGUGGACAGCAACCUCCUGGGCUCACUGAGCUCCAAGGCAGGGCUUCCAGCCACCCCGGCUGUGGAUGAGGGCUUGACCAGUGGCCACAGUGACUGGUCUGUGGGCAGUGAAGAGAGCAAAGGGUACCAGGAGGUCAUCCAGAGCAUUGUUCAGGAACCUUGUGCUUUGGGACGUGUGGGGGACGACAGGGCUGCUGGCAAGGCUCCCAAGAAGAAAUCUCUGAGUGACCCAAGUCGCCGUGGCCAGUUGACUGGGCCUGGAUUUGAGGGUCCUGGAGGGGAACCCAUCCGAGAAGUGGAGCCCAUGCUGCCCCCUUCCAGCAGUGAACCAAUCCUUGCAGAGCAGCGGGCAGAGCCAGAAAACCUUAGUCCUUCCAGGGGUCGAGCACAGUCUGAGAGGGUUCUGCCUGAGGCCCCACCUGCCUCUUCCACUGUCCAGCAUGAUUUCCACCUUGAUCCCAAGCUGGCAAAUGUUCUGUCCCCUCGGCUUACCCGCCGAGGCUCUAAGAAGCGCCCGGCCCGGAGCAGUCACCAGGAGCUUCGGAGAGAGCAGGGCAGUCAGGACCAGGCUGAUAGUCUGGCUAGAACCCGGACCUCCUCCAAACAUGUUAGACAUGCCAGUGUGCCUGCCACCUUCACCCCUAUUGUGGUGCCUCAGCCUCCAGCUUCUGUUGGACCCCCAGUGGCUGUGCCGGAGCCGAUGGGCUUCCCCCCUCGAGCUCACCCCACAUUGCAGGCACCAUCUCUCGAGGAUGUCACCAAGCAAUACAUGCUGACCCUCCGCUCUGGUGAGGUCCCUGCGCGGGGACCUGUGGACCUGCCCUGCUUGACCCCUGCUGCACCGCCUCCUGCUGAGGUCAAGCCUCCAGAGGCAGCUCGAGCUCCAGAAGAGCCAGUCCCAGCCAGCAAGUGCUGCAGCAAGCCACAGGUGGACAUGCGGAAGCACGUGACCAUGACCCUGCUGGACACGGAGCAGUCCUACGUGGAGUCGCUGCGCACUCUGAUGCAGGGCUACAUGCAACCACUGAAACAGCCGGAGAACUCUUUGCUGUGUGACCCAUCGCUGGUAGAUGAGAUUUUUGACCAGAUCCCAGAGCUCCUGGAGCACCAUGAGCAGUUCCUGGAGCAGGUGCGGCACUGUGUCCAGACCUGGCACGCCCAGCAGAAGGUGGGGGCCCUCCUUGUCCAAUCGUUCUCCAAAGACGUCUUGGUAAACAUCUAUUCUGCCUAUAUCGAUAACUUCCUCAAUGCAAAGGAUGCCGUGCGCGUGGCUAAGGAGGCGAGGCCUGCCUUCCUCAAGUUCCUGGAGCAAAGCAUGCGUGAAAACAAGGAGAAGCAGGCGCUAUCUGACCUCAUGAUCAAGCCCGUGCAACGGAUCCCACGCUACGAGCUCCUGGUGAAGGAUCUCCUGAAGCACACACCCGAAGACCACCCAGACCACCCGCUCCUGCUGGACGCUCAGCGGAACAUCAAGCAGGUGGCGGAACGCAUUAACAAGGGCGUGCGGAGUGCUGAGGAGGCAGAGCGGCACGCCCGCGUGCUGCAGGAGAUUGAGGCCCACAUCGAGGGCAUGGAGGAUCUCCAGGCCCCUCUGCGGCGGUUCCUGAGACAGGAGAUGGUCAUUGAAGUGAAGGCAAUCGGUGGCAAGAAGGACCGGUCCCUCUUCCUGUUCACGGACCUCAUCGUCUGUACCACCCUGAAGCGGAAGUCGGGCUCCUUGCGGCGCAGCUCCAUGAGUCUGUACACGGCAGCCAGUGUCAUCGACACAGCCAGCAAGUACAAGAUGCUGUGGAAGCUGCCGCUGGAAGAUACAAACAUCAUCAAAGGGGCAUCCCAAGCCACCAAUCGGGAGAGCAUCCAGAAAGCCAUCAGCCGCCUGGAUGAGGACCUGACCACACUGGGCCAAAUGAGCAAACUCUCUGAGAGCCUGGGAUUCCCCCACCAGAGCCUGGAUGAUGCGCUACGGGACCUCUCAGCCGCCAUGCACCGGGACCUGUCAGAGAAGCAGGCGCUAUGCUAUGCGCUUUCCUUCCCUCCUACUAAGCUGGAGCUAUGUGCCACGAGGCCUGAGGGCACGGACUCGUUCAUCUUCGAGUUUCCCCACCCUGAUGCCCGCCUGGGCUUUGAGCAGGCCUUCGAUGAAGCCAAGAGGAAGUUAGCAUCCAGCAAAAGCUGUCUAGACCCCGAGUUCCUGAAAGCCAUCCCCAUCAUGAAAACCCGCAGUGGCAUGCAGUUUUCCUGUGCGGCCCCCACCCUCAGCAGCUGCCCCGAGCCUUCGCCGGAGGUGUGGGUGUGCAACAGUGAUGGCUACGUGGGCCAGGUGUGCCUGCUGAGCCUGCGCGCUGAGCCCGACGUGGAGGCCUGCAUCGCUGUCUGCUCGGCCCGCAUCCUCUGCAUCGGGGCGGUGCCGGGCCUGCAGCGCCGCUGCCACCAGGAAAGGCCUGAGUCCCUGAGGACCCCUCCGGAGACAGCUCCUGAGCCCCCGUGUCCAGAGCUGGAGGUCGACACUGCAGGGGACGAGGAAGCGGCCACGCUCGUGGAGCCAGGGACCCAGCCUUGCUUGCACAUCUCCAUCUCCGGCUCUGCUUUGGAGAUGGCUCCAGGUCCUGCCGAGGGUGACUCCCGCCCUGAGCUGGUGCCCUUUGACAGCGACUCGGAUGAUGAAUCUUCACCCAGUCCCUCAGGGACUCUGCAGAGCCAGGCCAGCCGGUCUACCAUCUCCUCCAGCUUUGGCAAUGAGGAGACUCCAAGCUCUAAGGAAGCCACAGCAGAGACCACCAGCUCCGAGGAAGAACAGGAGCCUGGCUUCCUACCCUUGUCUGGUUCCUUUGGGCCCGGUGGUCCUUGUGGCACCAGCCCAAUGGAUGGGAGAGCCCUUCGCCGCUCCAGCCGAGGCUCCUUCACCCGGGGAAGCCUUGAAGACCUGCUGAGUGUCGACCCUGAGGCCUACCAGAGCUCCGUGUGGCUGGGCACGGAGGAUGGCUGUGUGCACGUGUACCAGUCCUCUGACAGCAUCCGAGAUCGCAGGAACAGCAUGAAGCUCCAGCAUGCAGCCUCUGUGACCUGCAUCUUGUAUCUGAAUAACCAGGUGUUUGUGUCUCUGGCCAAUGGAGAACUUGUGGUCUACCAAAGAGAAGCAGGCCACUUCUGGGACCCCCAGAACUUCAAAUCGGUGACACUGGGCCCUCAGGGGAGCCCCAUCACCAAGAUGGUGUCUGUGGGUGGGCGGCUAUGGUGUGGCUGCCAGAACCGAGUCCUUGUCCUGAACCCUGACACGCUGCAGCUGGAGCACACAUUUUACGUGGGGCAGGAUUCAAGCCGAAGUGUGGCUUGCAUGGUGGACUCCAGCCUGGGUGUAUGGGUGACAUUGAAAGGAAGUGCCCAUGUAUGUCUCUACCAUUCAGACACCUUUGAGCAGCUGGCGGAGGUAGAUGUCACCCCCCCUGUGCAUAGGAUGCUGGCAGGCUCUGAUGCCAUCAUCCGACAGCAUAAGGCCGCCUGCCUACGGAUCACGGCGCUGCUGGUGUGCGAGGAGCUGUUGUGGGUCGGCACCAGCGCCGGUGUCGUGCUCACCAUGCCCACCUCCCCCAGUACUGUCAGCUGCCCGCGGGCGCCUCUCAGCCCUGCCGGCCUCGGCCAGGGCCACACCGGCCACGUCCGCUUCCUGGCUGCAGUCCAGCUCCCUGAUGGCUUCAGCCUGCUCUGUCCAACCCCGCCCCCUCCUCCAGACACAGGCCCUGAGAAGCUACCAUCCCUAGAGCACCGGGACUCUCCCCGGCACCGAGGCUCCGCCUCAGCCAGACCAAAAAUGCUGGUUAUCAGUGGAGGCGACGGCUAUGAGGACUUCCGGCUCAGUAGUGGAGGUGGCGGCAGCAGUGAGACGGUGGGCCGAGAUGACAGCACAAACCACCUCCUCCUGUGGAGGGUGUGACCCGGUCUGCGGCCCAGGACUCGCCUGCCCGCCUGCCCUCAGCCUGCUUGCCUCUUCCCAGCCCACGUGCAGAUCUGGCCAGAGCGCCUGAGCAGGGGGCGCCUGCGCCUGCGUGGACUCUGUCUCACUGUCUCAGAAGCAUUCCUGAAGGAACACCUGCUGGCCAUCCCGGCCAGGACUUCUCCCAGCCACUGGCUGCUCCGUGCUCCCAGUUGUGGUCAGGUUGGGGGCAUGCAGGCUGCCCGGGACCUCUGUCCCUGGAGCUUCUACCAAAGACACGGCUGGACCUGGACCCCAUGGGGCUGGGGAGGCCAUGUGCAAUAUUGGGAGGGUGUUCUGGGGCAGCGGGAGGGCUGGGGAACAGCAUCCUUUCCCAUGUACAGUAUUUAUGUUCCUUUUUAGAUGAGUACUUUCCAAAGCACUUAUUUAUGCAGUGACUUGGGGCAGGACAUGAUGUGAGGAAAUGACAGGAAGAAAAAUGCCCAUUUCUGCCUGAGGGGCCACCCUGAUACCCUAUCCAGACCUUCCCAGAGGGACCAAUGUCCACAUACCUUCCCCCUGUUACACACACAC